AUGUACGGUGCCGAAAACAACAAUCUUCGAAGCGAUAGCUACAGCUACUCCAAUAUCGAAGAUGAGGAACUACUGUCGCUUCUACGAAGCCCUUUCCUGCCUCUGGACGCACCAAAGGUGUCUCCUUCUCCUUCUCACCCUCAUAGGAUGCCAUUUUCGUUCCAUGACAUCUUUGAUGAUGCAAGCAUGGAGCCAUCGCCUCUGAAAUCGCAAGCUCCAGUGACUGCAAAUUGGCCUCAGAUGCAACCAAGGUAUGAUGCCAGUCUCUUGAUAGAUGAAUCCAUCGUUUCCGAAGAGGACAAUAUGUCAAAUGACACCAACAAGAAGAUUGGUCCCACGAUUGAUCCCACCAGUGUUGGUUCCAAACGAAGCUUGGGAGAUUGCUCUUCCAACAACGAUGAAGGGUCCUUCAGCGUCGUUACGAGCUCCAAGAGAAGCCGCAAAGGCUUCUUCUUGUCCUCCAACCACAACCACCAAGAAGGCGACCCAUGCAACAAGCGCCAACGAACGACCACGAGCACAGCUAAGUCUCGCCCUUGCCAAGACGAGCAAUGGAGGGCUCAGUUCCAAAAGCUGAUCCAAUACAAGAUGAAGCACGGAGACUGUUCUGUUCCUCACUCCUACCAAGAAGAUCCCGCCCUAGCACGUUGGGUCAAGAGGCAAAGAUACCAAUACAAGAAGAUCCACGAUAACCAUCCUACCUCCACGAUGACCACCAGACGAAUUGAAGAGACCACUCGUCGAUUCCAAGAGCUUGAGUCCAUUGGCUUUAUUUGGGAAUCGCAUGUCAUGUGGCAGGAGAAGCUCUAUGAGCUCAAAGCAUUCAAGGAAAAAAUGGGCCACUGCAACGUCCCAUCUCACAAUCCAGAGAAUGUUGGACUCUCCGCUUGGGCAAAUUGUCAACGUCGACAAUACAAGCUCCACAAAUCUAGGUCUUCAGCUUCGUCAGAUAUGGCCAUUCAUCGUUUCCAAGUAUUGGAAUCCAUGGGUUUUGUGUUAGCACCCCAGCAAGUCUGUACUCAGUUGAUGAAGGGAAUUUGA